AUGGCCAACGCUCGUUCUGGUAUGGCGGUGUCGGAGGAGUGCCUGUUGAAAUUCUCAAGUCUCCAGAAGAAAAAGGCUUACCGCUUCAUUACCUACAAGAUUGAGAAGGACCAAAUCGUAGUGGAUAAGUUUGGAGAACCUGAGAAGACCUACGCUGACUUCCAAGCUGCUCUUCCUGAGAAUGACUGCCGUUAUGCGGUUUUCGACCACGAGUUUGUUACAGACGACCACUGCCACAAGAGCAAGAUUUUCUUCAUCGCCUGGUCUCCUGACACGUCAGCUGUGAAGAACAAGAUGAUUUACGCCAGCUCGAAGGAUACCUUCCGCCAGCAGCUUGCCGGUGUGCAAAUUGAGCUUCAGGCAACAGAUGCGUCUGAAAUGGACCUUGAUAUCAUUAAAUCGAAGGCACUCAGGUAA